CAAAAGUUUGUUUACUGUAGAUACGGAGAUUUUCGAAGUUAUCUUACUUUGUUAUAAAAAAAUAAAUAAAAUAAUGCCAGCCGCCGCUCAUGUAAUAAUUAACUAUGGACCUUAUAAUUCCUGUGGUCUAGUUCAACAUCGCGAUUGUAGAUUAGAAGGCUUGAUAAGUGUUCUAGAAAAAUAUAAUCAUACUGUAGAAAAAAGACAAAUACCUGACUGGAAUGUAGUAGAAGUAUGGGUUAAUGGUGAAAAGAUAUAUUCAUGUGACAUAAGGGAUUUAGACUAUGGUGGAGACGGUGAAUUAGAUGAACUAUGUGAAAACGCUUUAGAAAGAGUGUUUAAAGCAUUCUGA